AUGGAUUCGAUAUCAUUGACCGAGGCCAAAACUAAACGCACAGCCGCAAAGGCUUCUCUAACCCGACACAAGUCUGCCAUAGAAAGCUUUGACGCGAAUCAUGGAUCGCGCCAUGACAUUAUUGAACGCAAAAAAAGAAUAUUGGAAUUAUGGAAUCUUUUCGACGUAGUACAAUCGCGAAUAGAGGUUCUUGAGAAUGAAGAAGAUUUAUCUUCUCAAGAUUUAGAUCUAUUAAACGCUCAACAUGAGCAACACCGAGCAAGCUUCGAAUCAACAUACUUUAGCGUAAUCUCACGCUGUGAAUCCUUACUUGAGCAUUUUGAUCAACAUAACAUUAGGCUUUCUUCGGGAUCUUUUAGCACGCCAGGCGCUAAUUCGUCUGCCCGCAGGGAAGCGCAUGUUAAGUUACCUAAAAUCGAGCUUCCAGUGUUUUCAGGUUCCUACGAGGAUUGGUAUUCUUACCAUGAUAUGUUUGAACAAUUAAUCCACAACAACCAAAAUUUAUCCGAGAUAGAGAAAUUCCAUUAUUUGCGAUCUUCCCUCAAGGACAAGGCCGCUGAAAUAAUAAAGUCAAUUGAAACUACCACCGACAAUUAUAAGGAUGCCUGGAACGCUAUUAAGGAACGAUUUGACAACAAACGGUGGAUAUUACAAAGGCACAUCAAGGCCAUUUUCGAAAUUGCUCCAGUAACGAAAGAAAAUCAUGCUCAGUUACGUGAAUUAUUAGAUACGAUUUUAAAACAUUUGCGCGCUCUCAAAGCCAUGGGAAGACCCACGGAUACUUGGGACGAUUUAAUCGUUCAUCUUAUAAUUUCGAAACUUGAUACGGUUACUACCAAGGCUUGGGAAACAAGCAUUCCUGAUAUGGAAAUUCCCACACUAAAAUCACUGACUGAUUUUCUUUCAAAACGUUGCAUCGCGCUUGAAGCAAUUUCUAGCAAAUCCUCAAUCAAUCAAUUUGCAAAGGCAAAGAAUUGUUCGGUUUCUAAUCUCGCGACUUCUAAUUUAUCUUGUCCUAAAUGUAAGGAAAAUCAUCCGCUUUACUAUUGUGAAACAUUUCUCAAAUUACCAGUAGAAAGCAGAAUCGCCUUUGCAAAGAAGGUUCAUUUAUGUCUAAACUGUUUGAGAUCUAAUUCUCAUCAAGCUAAAAAUUGCACUUCAAGCUCUUGUCGCAAAUGUAAAGGUCAACACAAUACACUUUUACAUUUGUCAAAGACAGCAGACGCUAACGAGUCGUCUAAUGCGAAAGCAGCUGUGGCUUCCGAUACAGAAACUUCUGCGAAGCCAGUUGCAACACAAUGUUUAUCUACUCAUCAAUCUCUAGGAAUUAUAUUAUCAACAGCUAUUAUUCAUGUAUUUGACUGUAAUAAACACAUCCAUUCGUGUCGUGUAUUGUUAGAUAGCGGAUCACAAAUGAAUUUCAUUACGCAGAGUCUUGCCGACAAAUUGUACCUCAAUAAAAGGCAAAUAGAGAUAUCUAUUUCAGGUGUAACUAAUGCUAACAUUCGAGCCAAUCAAUCUACAGUAGUACAUAUUAAGUCGCGGUUCAACAAUUUUAGCGAGAGGAUAGAAUGCGUUGUUUUGCCAAAAAUCACGCAACAAUUGCCUCAAAAAUUCAUUUCCAAGCAGAAUAUAACUAUACCAAAUAAUUUAAAGUUGGCCGAUCCUGAUUUUAAUGUUCCCGCUGACAUUGACAUGCUAAUCGGCGCUGAGAUAUUUUGGAAGCUCAUUUGCGCAGGUCAAAUUAAACCUUCUAGAAAUAAACCAACACUGCAGAAAACUCUCUUGGGAUGGAUUUUAUCUGGUCCGACAUCAAGUAUUCCUAGUAACUCCAGUUCUUCAAUCAUCAGUUGUUUAGCUGUAACAGAAGACUUAAAUCAUGCUCUCAGUCGUUUCUGGGAAUUGGAUCAUUCGAUAUCCGCUUCAACUCUUUCUCCAGAGCACCAAUCUUGCGAGAAUCUAUUCAAGGACACUGUCAAACGCAACAGCGAUGGACGCUUCGUGGUCCAGCUACCGAUCAUACCUAACAAGCUAUCUGAACUCGGUGAAUCAAGGGAAAUAGCCACUCGCCGCUUCAAAUGUUUAGAGAAACGCUUUGUUACCUCUCCUAAAUUACAUGCAGAAUACAAAGAAUUUAUACAAGAAUACAUACAACUUGGUCAUAUGCGUGAGGUCACUCACAUUACAAAUAAUGACAGCCAAACAUAUUACCUACCGCAUCAUGCCGUAUACAAAGAAACGAGUACUUCUACCAAACUAAGAGUGGUUUUUGAUGGUUCUUGCAAAACAACCACUGGAAUCUCGUUAAAUGAUGCAUUAUUGGUAGGCCCCACUAUACAAGAUGAUCUGCUUUCAAUAUUAAUAAGAUUUCGUAUGUACAGAUAUGUCAUGACUGCAGAUGUGGCAAAGAUGUACAGACAAGUUUUAAUCGAUCCGAAUCAAACCUCUCUGCAACGCAUUCUUUGGCGUGACUCUUCGGAUCAACCCAUUCAAACAUUCGAGCUUCUGACCGUCACGUACGGUACAGCAUCUGCUGCCUUCCUAGCCAUUAGAUCGCUCAGGAAAUUAGCUGAGGAUAACUCUGAGAAGUAUCCCGUUGGAUCCGGGACAGUUUUAAACGACUUUUAUGUUGAUGACUUGGUCACCGGCGCUGACAAUUUACAAGAUGCCUCCUCCAUCAAGAUUCAGACAAGGCAAUUGCUUCUUGAAGGUGGUUUCGAGCUACGCAAAUGGUUCUCUAAUGUACCUGAUCUUCAAGACGAUCAACUUUCCAAUCCUGAAAAGGAAUUCGUACUAUCUUCCGACAAGGAAUGCGAAACAAGGACACUGGGUCUUGUGUGGAACUGCACCCAUGAUCACUUCCAAUUUUCUAGUAUCUCCUGUCUGCCACCUUUGGCUACGCCUACCAAAAGGCAAGUACUAUCAAGAGUCGCUUUGGUUUUUGAUCCUCUCGGACUUUUUGGACCUGCGACUGUCAUUGCUAAAAUCAUUAUUCAACAACUCUGGCUCCUCAAGAUUGGCUGGGAUGAAGCUCUUCCCUUGGAUUCAACCACUAAAUGGAAACGCUACGAGCGUGAGUUGCCAAUUUUGAGAGACAUGACUAUUUCACGACGCGCUAUCGCGCUAAGUGAACAUAUCAACUUAGAGCUCCAUGGCUUCUCUGACGCCAGUGAACGAGCUUAUGGCGCGUGCAUCUAUUUACGUGCCACUGAUGCUCACGGAAACAUUUCAAUUAGAUUGCUCUGCUCUAAAAACCGUGUAGCUCCACUCAAGAGUUUAUCAAUUCCGCGCUUGGAAUUAUGCGCAGCCCUCUUGUUGGCUCAGAUCACCGACAAGAUUUUGAAACGUAUUACUCACAAAUUUACAUCUAUUUAUCUGUGGACCGACUCCACCGUAGUUUUAGCCUGGCUGCAAUCAUCUAGUCGUACAUGGUCGACAUUUGUCUCCAAUCGUGUUGGCGAUAUCCAACAAUUAACCACUAUACAAGACUGGCAUCAUGUAUCCAGUCAGGACAAUCCAGCUGAUCUUUUAUCCAGAGGCAUAUCUCCGGCUGCAUUGCCACAUGCGCAUCUUUGGUGGUCGGGGCCCGCUUGGCUGAAACUUGACAAGGG